AUGGCUACGUUUAUAUGCAGGGUGCAGUUCUUAGAUGAUACUGAUCCAUUUAACAGCACUAAUUUCCCCGAGCCCACCAGGCCACCUCUGUACACUUUCAGGGAAGAUAUUCCUCUGAUAAAUCAGAUUGCUGGAGUCCACAGGCUUCUAAAAGCCCCACAGAAGCCUGAUGACUGCGCCCUUCAGCUGUCCCAUAAUGGAAGCUAUCUGGACUUGGAGUCUACCUUGGCAGAGCAGAAAGAUGAACUGGAGGGAUUUCAGGAGGAAGGAGGGAGAGGCAAGAAACACAGCAUUAUUCUCCGAACACAGCUGUCAGUCAGAGUUCAUGCCUGCAUCGAAAAACUCUACAACUCUACUGGAAGGGAGCUACGGAGAGCCCUUUUUUCCCUCAAGCAGAUUUUUCAGGAUGACAAAGACCUGGUGCACGAGUUUGUGGUGGCUGAAGGACUGACAUGUUUGAUAAAAGUGGGAGCUGAAGCCGACCAGAACUACCAGAAUUAUAUCCUCAGGGCUCUUGGACAGAUCAUGCUGUAUGUGGAUGGGAUGAACGGCCUCAUAUCUCACAAUGAAACGGUCCAGUGGCUUUACAGCUUGGUCGGGUCCAAGUUCCGUCUGGUGGUGAAGACAGCCCUAAAGCUUCUGCUGGUGUUUGUGGAGUACACAGAGUCUAACGCCGCCCUUCUUAUAAAGGCUGUGAAUGUUGUGGAUGCCAAAAGAGGCACAAAACUGUGGUCAAAUGUCAUGGAGAUCUUGGAUGAGAAGGAUGGAGUGGAUACAGAGCUGCUGGUGUAUGCAAUGACACUCAUCAAUAAGACUCUGGCAGGCCUCCCAGACCAGGACUCCUACUAUGACAUGGUAGACUGUCUGGAGGAGCAGGGCAUUGAAGCCAUGGCCCAGAGACAUCUGAACAGGAAGGGUACUGACCUCGACCUCGUAGAGCAGUUCAACAUCUAUGAGAUGACUCUCCGCCAUGAGGAUGGUGAUGAAGAAACCCAGUUGCCUCCUAACGUCCGAAAGGAACGACGACGGGCCAGUGUUGGCGGCACCAACGAGAGGCGUGGCCUGGAGAGAAGACGUAGCCGGAGACAUUCCCUCCAGAAUAGCAGAGGUCCCGCCUCUGCCCCAGCAUCACCCAGCGCUACUCAUGCAAGCAGCUUCCUGCCCUUUGGGGGCCAACGUGUCGAAGACAUCAGUGAAAGAGAAGAGGAAGAGGAGGAAGAGGAGGAGGAAGGAGAUGAGGAGGAAGAGGGAGAGGAGGAGGACGAGGACGAGGAGGAGGACGAUGAAGAGGCGGAUGAUGAAAGUCAUCCAGUCACUGAGUCCUCUAGACAGGGCACUUGCAGUGGGGCACCAGCUGUAGCAGACACCCCUAACAUGUGUUUGAACUUAAAGUGUAUGGCCAGCGUCCUCCCUAAAACCAGUGACCCUGAAGGGCAGAGAGAAUAUCUCGGCUUCAAGACCAGGACAUCUUCUCCUGUGUCCGUCGCACCAAAACAGAGGACCAUUAGUCCUUGUCUGACAGACACAAACAACUCCCCUACAUCUUUCACUGCUAGAAAGCCCUGCUGGGCUGAAAGAAUUAGUGCCAAUGGCACUCCAUACCCUGGCAGGCACCAGGCUCCUACGUCACCCAUCAGUCGCUUCACUAGUUCAACGUCCUCCACUCCAGACUCCAAAACUGACAGACCUGCUUUAGGGGGCUUGCUAACUUCAUCGUUCAGACAGCAUCAGGAGUCUCUGGCUGCAGAGAGAGAGAGGAGACGCAUGGAAAGAGAGGAGCGUCUGCAGAGGAUCGAAAGAGAAGAGAGGAACCGCUUCAAUCAAGAUUUAGUAGACAAGAGGGAAGAAGCAAGACAAGCCAGAGAGGAAAGGUACAAGGCUGUAGAGAGACUAGCUGCAGAGGAGUUUGAGCGGGAGCGACCCAGAGCACCAACAAGAGGACGGACAGAAAUCACUUUGUGUUUGAGUUCCAACCCCGUAAGCCGCUCCACAUCCCGCUGUGCCACACCUUCAUCCAUCAUCUCACAGGAGGACACGGUCGCCAGCACACAACAGAAAUUGGGAACAGAACACAUCCCAGAGCCAAACAUUGACCCACAGACCAGAACCAAAAGUCCAGCGCCAGAGUUAACAGUAUCAGAACCUUCCCCCACACCUCCCUUUGAGCCAGACAAGCAGCAGACUGAGACUGAGUCGCCUGCAGAGACGGAGGAUGUCAGUGAGACUCUGUCAGACCAGAAUGUAGUUGCAGAGCCAGCAGCAGACGAACAGGUAGGCACGGAGGAAGACGAGAGGCGAGAGCAGGAGAAGCUCGAGGAACAGAAAGAGUGCAUGAAUGAGGGAGAUGUAGAAGAGCAGGUGGAAGAAGCAGAGGUCGCUGAUGUAGCAGAGGUGGGAGAGACAGACGUGGAGGUUGAUGUUAAGUUAGAGGAGGGGUCAGAGAAGGAGCAGCCGAUGGAAAGGGAUGUAGAAGACAGUGUACUGCUGAGUGAGAAGGAGAGACAGAACGAGGAAGUGAAUGAGAAAGACAACUGCUCUGCAUCCAGCAUCUCCUCAACAAGUAGCACUCUGGAGAGGGAGGAGCGGGAGGAGAAACUCACCAAUGACAUUGAAGCAGGCCAAUGGACUCAGUGCAUUAAAGACGCAGAUGUGAAUGACCAGUGCAACAAAAUACUCAACAGCAAGCGCUUCAUGCUGGAUAUGCUCUAUGCUCAGAAAGCAACCAGCAAGGAUGAAGAGAAAGUAGGAGAGACAGAGAAAGAAAAAUGUAAAUGUGAGAAGGAGACGGAGGUCAGUGACUCUUCUGUGGCGAGCCUGGCUAGCAGGAUCUCCACACUGGAGGCUCACAGACAAGCCAGAGAAGAAAAUGUGAAAAAAAUGGAGGUGGGGCAUCUGGACAACCAGGGCAGUGUCCGAGCAGUUGCGGAGAGGUUUGGAGAUUUGGUCAAAGGCCUAUCAUCUCCUCUUGAGGUAGAGGCGUCAAAAGAGCAGCAGCAGACUGACAAAUCUUCAACCACUGUCUCAUCAUCAUCAUCAUCACCAUCAUUACCCCCAAAGAAAGAGUCGGAUUAUAUCUGGGAUCAGCUGAUGGCCACACCCAGGGAGCUCCGCAUCAAAGAAAUGGACUUCACAGACCUGAGGGACGAGGAUGACAUGGACAUUUUAGAUAUAGACAGUAUGAUGGGGUCGGGUGAUCUUUUACCACCACCUCCUCCUCCCCCAUGCAACGCUCCCCUACCACCACCACCACCCCUGUUUGGGUGCCCUCCACCUCCUCCCCUCCUUGGCAAGAUGAUGCCCCCACCUCCACCAUUCAUGGCCCCUAUCCCUCCGCCUUCCCCUCAGCUGAGUCGAGGGGAGGCACCUCUCUUUCAGAAGAAGAAGAAGACCAUCCGUCUCUUCUGGAACGAGGUGCGUCCAGUGGACUGGCAGUGUAAGAGCCAUAAAUUCUGUAAGGAGUCCCUGUGGUCCAAACUGGAGCCAAUUAAAGUGGACACGUCCAAGCUGGAGCAGCUGUUUGAGUCCAAAUCCAAGGAGCUUCCUGUUACAAAGAAAGCUGCAGUUGAUGGCAAACGACAAGAAAUCAUAGUCCUGGACUCCAAACGAAGCAAUGCAAUAAACAUCGGCUUGACUGUUUUACCCCCUCCUCGCACCAUCAAGACAGCUAUCCUCAACUUUGAUGAGUAUGCACUGAACAAAGAGGGCAUUGAGAAAAUCCUGACGAUGAUCCCCACAGAGGAGGAGAAGCAGAGGAUUCAGGAGGCUCAGCUGGUCAACCCUGAUAUCCCCCUGGGUAGUGCUGAGCAGUUCCUUCUCACCCUCUCCUCCAUCACAGAGCUGUCUGCUCGCCUGCAGCUGUGGGCAUUCAAGAUGGACUACGAGCUUAUUGAAAAGGAGGUGGCAGAGCCUCUUCAGGAUCUAAAAGAAGGGAUGGACCAGUUAGAGAAAAACAAAACACUCCGCUACAUCUUGACCACGUUGCUGUCCAUCGGCAACUUCCUCAACGGCACAACCGCUAAAGGCUUUGAGCUGAGUUACUUGGAGAAAGUCCCAGAGGUGAAGGACACAGUUCACAAGCAGUCGCUGCUGCACCACGCCUGCACCAUUGUGGUCGAGAAGUUCCCAGACAGCACUGACCUUUACUCAGAGAUAGGAGCUGUCACCCGCUUGACAAAAGUGGACUUUGACCAGCUUCAAGACAAUCUGGCCCAGAUGGAGCGAAGGUGCAAAGCAUCAUGGGAUCACCUCAAAGUCAUUGCCAAACAUGAGAUGAAACUAGCAUUGAAACAAAAAAUGUCAGACUUCUUAAAAGACUGUGCAGAGAGAAUUAUUAUUCUGAAGAUUGUACAUCGAAGAAUACUCAACAGGUUUCAUGCCUUUCUGCUGUUCCUGGGCCAUCCGAUAUAUGCAGUACGUGAGGUCAGCAUUCAUCGCUUUAGCAAGAUCCUGAGUGAAUUUGCCCUGGAGUAUCGCACAACACGAGAGCGCGUGCUACAACAGAAACAGAAGAGGGCCAACCACCGCGAGAGGAACAAGACCAGGGGAAAAAUGAUAACAGAUAGUGAGGAUGACAAUGACAGUGAGAGUGGUAAAUUUGGCAGUGCCCCGCCAGACGCACAAGAGAGCCAGCCUCAGGGUAUCCAGUACGCUGAAGAUGCAGCGGAACAUGAAAACAUGAAGGCUGUGCUAAAGAGCAGCUUGCAGGGCGGAGAGAGCGGAGUGUCAACAGUGCCGGGUCUACGUACACGAACCAGAGCCAGCAGCGCCAGAGGGCGCGUCCCCCCAUGGUACAAUGCCAGUGACGACCCAGUGAACUGCACAGAUGAUACAGCUGAUGAGAUCAUGGAGAGAAUUGUUAGGUCAGCCACUCAGGGGCCCAGCCAGCGGACGCAGCCUCGAGAGAGGAGGCGCUCCCGAGCUAACCGAAAAUCAUUGAGAAGGACACUGAAGAAUGGUUUGACGACAGAGGAGGCCAACGCUCUCGGCUUGUCCAGCGGUUCAGAGAUGCAGGUGUGAGCUGGACCUGGAUCCCAUCGGACAUUAAGACGUCUGGAAGCCCUUUCACUGCCCCUCCACUGCCUUCACCCAUCCGGCUUGGCGCUAAAAUCCCCCCAGCUUUGAUGAGUUGAUCUCAUCUUUAUGCAUUUGGUUUACACAGGCUUGACACAAGUGCUUCCUGAGGAGAGUGGAUAUAAGGCUGAACGAGAUUUCAUUCACAAGCAGAGCGCUGCAU